AUGCUGCUAGUGUUGCUGCUACCGGGGGUAGCCGUGGCGGCUGUGGUGGCGGCGGGGGUGUUCCAGGCCAAGCGCAGCAGCGCGGUCAGGCAGUGGCCCAGCUGGCCCCAGUGGAAGAAGGGCAUGGCGACAUGGCGGGCGAGGGGCAGGGCGAAGAAGGCAUCGAACCAGUCGCCGAGGAUCGUCGGGUAUCUCGCGCUUGAUGACCUGCAGCCGGGCGUGCAAGGCGUCGACGUAGAACGCCGGCGGCCCGCUUCCCUGGGGCUCCCGCCUCCGCAGCUGCACCCACAGACCAGACACCUCUCCAACCAGCCACAACACCUUACAGGCGUCAAGCUGGUUGUGAUCGUGGCGUCCGUGACCAUGGCCGUGUUCUUGAUGCUCCUGGACACCUCCAUCGUGGGCACCGCAACGCCUUACAUUACAGACGAAUUCCACGCCUUACAGGACAUCGGAUGGUACGCCGCGGCCUACCAGGUCGCAUCGGCGCCUCUGCAGCUGCUUACAGGCAAGAUCUACCAGAAGUUUCCGCUGAAGUGGACGUUUCUGGGGUUCUUUGCGCUGUUCGAGCUCGGCUCUGUGCUCUGCGGCGCGGCGCAGUCGUCCACGAUGCUGGUUGUGGGCCGAGCUGUCGCUGGUAUGGGUUCUUCAGGCCUCUUCAACGGCGCAAUGGUCAUCCUCGUUGCCUCGGUUCCGCUGCAUAGAAGGCCCCCCAUCAUGGGCAUGUUCAUGGGCAUUUCCCAGCUCGGCGUCGUGUGCGGCCCUCUCAUCGGUGGCGCCCUGACCGAGUACGUGAGCUGGCGUUGGUGCUUCUACAUCAACCUGCCCGUCGGCGGCGCGUUCGCGCUGUUCCUCAUGAUCCUGCACGUCCCCGAGCAGGCGCCCAAGCCGAGCUUCGUCUCCGCCCUCCCCACCCUCUUCCGCGACCUGGACCUCAUUGGAUUCUCCCUGAUGUCCCCCGCCGCUAUCAUGCUGCUGCUGGCGCUCGAGUACGGCAGCGGCACGUAUCCGUGGAGCUCGUCCGUCGUCAUCGGCCUCUUCUGCGGUGCCGGCGCAACCUGCAUCGUCUGGCUGGUCUGGAAUUGGCGCCGCGGCGACAAGGCGCUGGUGCCUGUGUCCAUGGCUCGUCGACGAGUCGUAUGGUCCGGGGCGAUCACCCAAGCGCUCAUGCUCGCCCCGAUGUUCAUGAUCAGCUACUUCCUCCCGAUCUACUUCCAGGCCGUCAAGGGCGUGUCACCUUCCAAGUCCGGAGCCUAUGUCCUGCCCAACAUCAUGGGCCAGCUGCUGACCGCCUUCCUCUCCGGCUUCAUGGUGCAGAGGACGGGCUACAUCCUCCCCUACGUGAUGUUCGCCUGUGCGACGACCGCCGUCGGAACCGGCCUGCUUGCGCUUCUCUCGCCGUCCACCCCGACCGGAGAAUGGGUCGGCUUCCAGCUCAUCAGCGGUCUGGGCCGAGGCUUCGGGUUGCAAAUGUGCCUCCUCGCCGUCCAGACGGUCCUCAAGCCUGCCGAGGUGCCGCUCGCCAUCUCGCUGCUCAUGUUCACGCAGUUCCUGACCAGCUCGGUCUUCCUGGUCGUCGGCAACGCCAUCUUCGACGUGGUCCUGCGGGCGCAGCUCGCCGCGCACGCGCCGGCGGUCGACGCCCAGGCCGUCAUCGACGCCGGCACCACCGGCUUCCGCGCCGGCGUCGUCGGCCCCGCGGACCUCGCCGGCGUCGUGCUUGCCUACGCCAACAGCUGCAAGCCCGUGUUUGCGCUGGCGGCGGCCGCGCCCGCGGCCGCGUUCUUCGUGGCGCCGUUCUUGGGCAUGGUGGAUGUGCGCAAGGGGAAGAAGGCUGCGCCGCCGAAGGGGGACGAGAAGGCGUGA